AUGAAUCGGCUCUUGAGGAUAAGAAAAAUCGCUCGUGCUAGAAUUGGGCCUCAAAUUUCCUCGCGGUCGUUUUUGAACAACCCUGAAGUCGAUGAAGAGGGGAAAAGAUUGAAGAAAAAGCUGAAGCAAGAAGAAAAUUUGUACAAAAUCCUGGAUGUUCCGCGAUUCGCAACGUCAGAAGAAAUCAAGAGGCAAUACCGCCAUCUUGUUAAAAUCCACCAUCCAGACAGAGGAGGAGAUGAAGAACUGUUCUUGAAGAUCAAUGAAGCUUACAAGAUUCUUAACGAUCCGGAGAAGCGAAAAGAAUAUAAUUUGAAGAAACGCGAUAAGGAGGAAAAACGCAUCUUUGUUGAUUCGAAGUCGAAAGAGGAGCUCAGACACAUGAAAUUAUCGGAGAUAAUGGAUAAGACGCAGUUAUCGUAUAGACACAGAAGCUUCGAGGGCUUCAACUUGAUUCUCGGCUUGGCAAUGCCGAAACCAGCGGCGCCGCUUUUCGCCAAAAUGGUGCCGCUGAUUUGCUUCGCCGAUUUAGCCUUACUAUAUUCCUAUAUGAGCGGCAAUUUCGACCUGAUAAUCGACGAUUUCUCAACAUAUCUUGCUUCGUCUCCAAGUGGUGCAGAAGGCCACACUCUUCGGUAUUCCUUCUUUACUCUUGUAAAUACUGCCGCAAUUAUUGGAACGACGUUCUGGGCUGGCUGCCAUCACUAUUUUGUCAAAAUGCUUCAGCACUUGAGCUACCCGACUUUCAUGUGCUACUCGAUCAGCUAUAACGAGGAGAAGGAUGAAAUGGUAAUGAUUCUAGCGGAUAGCGACAAAUGGAAAAUGUGGGCGCCAAGAAGAUUGUUUGUCACGGUCAAAGAAGCGUCCAAAAUUGACUUUGAACCGGGACUUGACAAUGUCGAUCAGGGAAUUGGAGUCCAUCUCAAUCAACAAUUCUUCAACGAAAAUAAUGCGAGUUCACAAAACUACCCGUCGAUUCAGCCGUAUGCCCAUUUAUUGCGCCAAUGUCCACAAGUGUUCAAAAGCUCAGAAAAAUUAAAACGCAAAGUUCUAUUACUGUCGACGAACAGAUCCAGAUGCGACAAAAUAAGGAGUUUUAUCGAGACCGUGAAAUUCGAGUUUAUUCAAGUUUCCAAAUUCGAUGAGACGACUCUUUUCGAACACGAUUUGCCCCAGUUUGCUUCCGUUAUCUUCUGUUCCUUUCAAGAUCAUAAUGAAAUCUCCAAGUACGAAUCAUUCUAUGCCGCUCUUCAAUCCUAUCAGUUGAAACAUUCCAUCGGAAAGAUUAUCAUCGCCAAUAAAACCGACGAGCCCCUAUCUUCAAUUCCCCACGUGACCACCACCUUCUCUGAGGAAAUCGGAGAAACGCCCUUUCUUCUCCAUGAUUCCAGCCUGCUGCGCAUCACCAAGUCGCACAAAGAUCAUUUUCUUCUCACCUUUCAUAAAGGAACUUUCCACAUUGAAGUUGAAGAAGGAGUUUUGCAUGAAAAAGUGACGCAGAAAAUAACUGGUGAUAAAUGGAGUACCGGUGUCGCGCAUAUUUGCCAGAAGCAAUCUGAUCCUGAAACGAUCAUCUUCGGCAUGGGAGCCGAGUUCUUCGUCAAUCAAAUGCUCCUCCUCGAUAGCAUCUAUUACACGUCGAAGGGGAUACUUCAGAAACCGCUGGAGAAGAAUAUCCAGAUCGACAUCGAUGAUAUCUUUGUCGGGGAACCCGGAACGAGAAUAGGUGUUUCCGACGUGGAUGCUAUGAUCGCUUUUACGGACAAGUGGAAAGAACAAAUUCCUGGUUUCCAUUUCGUCGUCGGAUUUUCGGGCAAAUUUUUCAACAGAGGAAAUGAUACGGAAGACGCGGGAGAUGCGUAUAUUCUUGAAAAACGAGAUCAUUUCCGCUGGUUCGGCCAUAUGUUCAGUCAUAUGAAAUCGAUCAUGUUCGAAGACGACGAUAGCUUAUGCCGAUACAUGGCUGACAACAAGAAAUUCGGCGUCAAAAAUCAACUUCCAUUCGAAACUGGAUAUGCUGUCGCGCCUCAUCAUGCUGGCGUUUACCCUGUUCAUGAACCGCUGUAUCACUGCUGGAGAGAAGUCUGGGGAGUGAAGAUAACUUCGACAGAGGAAUAUCCUCAUCUGUACCCAGCUACCAAAAGAAGAGGUUUUCUUCAUCAAGGCCUCCAAGUCCUCCCUCGUCAAACCUGCCGCCUCUACACGCACACUCAGUACUACAAAAAGUUCCCCAACGGACCACAAACGCUCGAAUCCUCCAUCCAUGGAGGCGAGCUUUUCUCGCAACUGCUCCUCAAUGAAAUGAACAUCUUCAUGACACACGUUCAAAACUACGGAGGGGAUCGUCUGUCGCUUUAUACUUUUGGAAAUGCGUUCGAGUUCCUGUUCAAAAUGACCAAUCUGCGGCUUGUUCAAUUGCCCACCCAGCAACUUGCUGACAAAUAUUUCAAAAACAACCCGAACGAGGCCGAAACGCCAACUUGGACAAACCCUUGUAAUGACAAACGACACUUGGAAAUUCUUCCCGAAGGGAGAAAAGACAAGUGCAAGAAUCUUCCUGACUUCGUCAUCGUUGGCCCUCAGAAAACUGGUACUACAGCGUUGAUGAACUUCCUCAAGCAUCAUCCCACCGUUCUUUCUUCUUUUGAUUCUCCAACGACUUACGAAGAACUUCAAUUCUUCUCUAGCCAGAAUUACAAAAACGGGCUCAAUUGGUACUUAGAUCUCUUUCCUGACAGACCAAAAGAAGAAAAAACGAUGAUCUUCGAAAAAUCAGCCACAUAUUUCACUUCAAGCCCGACGAUUCCAAGAAUUAAAGCUCUCUUGCCAACGGUGAAGAUAGUUUCGGUUCUUUUAGAGCCCGGUGCUCGCGCCUACAGCUGGUACUUUCACCAAAGAGCGCAUAAUAUUCCCGCAGCGAUGAAAUACAGCUUCAUGGAAGUUCUCAAUGCGAAGGAAGGAGAUGAUUCGCAACUGUUAGAUCUUCAAAAUCGCUGCCUUGCCCCUGGUAACUACGCAAAGCACCUUUCAAAAUGGAUAUCAGCUUUCGAAUCAAAUGUUGUAAUUGUCGAUGGCGACAAAUUAAAAAGCGAUCCCAUCUCGGCGAUGAACGACUUCCAGCAUGAUAUAGGGACUCCUACUUUUGUAGAUUACUCGAAGCUAAUUGCGUUUGAUGAACAAAAGGGGUUCUUCUGUCCUCUGGAGGGCGAAAAGACGCACUGCUUGGGUAUAUCAAAGGGUCGGAAAUAUCCAGAUAUGCCAGAAGACUGUCGGAAAGCAAUUGAUGAGUUCUAUGCGCCUCUGAAUUUAAAUCUGAAAGAAUUGCUUACAAAACAUGAGCUACCGUAUCCCUCCUGGCUCAAGUAG